AUGUCUGAUGCACAAGUCUCUUUAAGAUCAGAAAAGAAAUACUUAACUUCCUAUUCAGAUGUUUCUCAAGAAGAAGCAGAAGAGAUACUCGGAUUUAAAUUCAAUACUUUCUAUCGUUCUCAAAUACCGAUUGAAAACUUCAUCACAAAAAGUGCACCAGUUGAAUUAAAAAGAAAGAUAUUUGAUCGUUUGAUCGAUUGUAUUGAAUCAGAAGGAUUUCCCGAAGCAACAAUCGCUCCAAUGAAUGAAGCUGUCAUCACAGACAACGUCGGAAUGAUUUUGAUAACGAUAGUUUCGUAUUAUCGACGUACAAUGCAUCGGUAUGACAUAGAAUUAACACGAGAGAAACAGAUCAUUAGCAAAGACAAAGAAUUUGGUGGAAACAUGGAGUUUGUCGUUACUCAAAUCAUGAAUUCUGCGAACACCCGUUAUUUACUUGUCGUCGAAGCAAAACGUGACUCACUUGGAAAAGGACUUACCCAAUUAUUAUUAACAUUGAAAUCUAUGUGGAACAUAAAUGAUGAUCAUAAAAUGGUUUAUGGAUUUGUAACGACUGCAAUCAACUGGCAAUUAGUAACAUAUGAUGGUCAAACAUGGAAAUUGUCCGAUUCAUCUACUAUUUUACUUGGAAAUAUGGAACAAAGAGAAGAGCAAUGGCUGGAAAAUAAUACACAACUAUUAGAUGCUAUUUACACUAUUUUGUCAUCGAUAUAA